GGACCAUGCUGCUGCUGCUGCUGCUUGUGUUGGCCGUCGGGCUGAACUCAGCCUCCGCUGCUAAGCUGGGUGUGGUGCAGACGGAGGGGGGGCAGGUGCAGGGUCAGAGUCACCGGAUGGGUCUGUUCAGGACUGUAGACGUCUUUAAAGGAAUCCCCUUCGCUGACGUCCCUGGAAAGUGGGAGAAACCGAAACCUCAUCCUGGAUGGAGCGGAAUCCUGGAGGCCACAAAGUAUCGGGAUCGCUGCCUUCAGGUGACGCUGCUGCAGACGAAAACCCGAGGCAGCGAGGACUGUCUCUACCUGAACAUCUUUGUUCCACAGGGACGGAAAUUGGCGACCAACCUCCCAGUGAUGGUCUACCUGUUUGGCGGGGCCUUCAUGUUGGGCGCCUCUAACGACGCUGCCAUCCUCGGAGACUCUCUGUACGACGGGAAGGAGAUGGCCGACAGGGGCGGAGUCAUCGUCGUCUCCGUGAACUACAGAGUCGGGACGCUGGGGUUCCUCAGCACCGGAGACGCCCGACUGCCAGGUAACUACGGGCUGUGGGAUCAGCACGCUGCCAUCUCCUGGGUCCGCAGGAACAUCGAGGCGUUCGGAGGUCACCCCGACAGCAUCACCCUCUUCGGCCAAUCAGCCGGAGCCGCCAGUGUCAACUUCCAGAUGCUGUCCCCCUACAGUAAAGGGUUAUUUCGCAGAGCCAUUUCCCAGUGUGGUGUGGCCCUCAGCCCCUGGGCCCUGCAGACCACCCCCAUGUCCUUCACCAGGAAGAUCGCCCGUAAGGUCGGCUGUCUGAGGAGCGACGAGGACGUCAUGCUCACGUGUCUGAAGAUGAGCGACCCGGUCGGUCUCACCAUGGCGGGAAAACUCGACGUGUUGCUCAUUCUCGGAAAAGGUGUGGUUAUGGAUCUGAUGGAACAUGCUCCGGUGGUGGAUGGUGAUUUCAUCCCUGAUGAACCGAGCCGUCUCUUCCAUCACGCUGCUCGCUUCGACUUCAUGGCCGGAGUCAACAGCAUGGACGGACACAUGUUCGCCGGAGUCGACGUUCCUUCCAUCAACCAAAAAAAUGCAAACACCACAGUCGAGGACGUGAGGGGUCUCCUCGCAGGUCUCACAAAAGAAAAGGGGAGUGCCGCCGUUGCCUCGGCCUAUGAGGCUUACUCCUCACACUGGGGAUCGUUUCCACAGCCGGAUGUGGUGAAGAAGACGGUGGCAGACAUUGAAACCGACUUCCUGUUCCUGGUCCCCACACAGAUCGCCCUCCAGCUGCAUGCCAACAACUCCAGUGGAGCUCGUACCUUCUCCUACUUGUUCAACAUGAAGACACGUAUCCCAGGAUUCCCUCGCUGGGUGGAGGCGGAGCACGCAGAGGACUUGCAAUACCUAUUCGGUAAACCCUACUCCACCCCACUGGUCUACUUCCCCCGACACCGGGACCUGUCCAAGCACAUGAUCGCAUACUGGACCAACUUCGCCAAGACUGGUGAUCCCAGUAAAGGCGACAGUCGAGUCCCGGCUGCUUGGCCGGCCUUCACCACGCAGCGCAGACCCUACCUGCUGAUCAACCACCAGAUCAGCAAGUCCUCUGUCAGCUACGACCUGAGAUCAGACUACGUCAGAUACUGGACUCAAACCUACAGCCGCCUGCCGUCCAACAAGAGAGAAGAAGAAGAAGAAGAAGAGGGAAACUGACCCGACGUCAGAGUCUGAUUUCAAUCAUAAACUACUGGAAUUGUUUAUUAAUGUCUGAAUGAUAUGAAUUUAAUAAAAGUAGACAAAUAUCAAUAGUAAAUCUUCACUGAUAAAUCAAGGUGAAGAAA